ACGUCACCGCCGCAGACAGCUGAUGUGGCGGGUCUCGGUGCGUCCACCACUGCGGAUCGGCGUCGUACCGCAAACCUCCUCUGUUUGGCGGCCGCGACCUUCUUCGCCGUUCGUCUCUCCCAUCUUCUCAUUAGGCCAGCAAGAGAGACAGAGAGAGAGAGAGAGCCAGAGAGAGAGCCGUCUGGUGCGCUAUCACACAGUAUUGUGUUUUCUUUGGGGGGGGUGGUGGUGGGUGGGUUUCAUGUAGGCAUUAGGUUCGGUCGAGGAUCCCAAGUGCACACCUCUCACGGGCGUUCAUUCAGAGCGUUGCAGUCGCCGCCGCCGUCGCCGCGUUCGUAGGAAGGACAUUUCGAGGAGAUGGCUCCCAGCGAUAAGAAGUUCCUUGAGAGCCUCUCUGGGGCUGGACGGGCGAUCGGGGUGCUGACAAGCGGAGGAGAUGCCCAAGGGAUGAAUGCUGCAGUGAGGGCGGUGGUGCGGAUGGGCAUCUACGUUGGAGCAAAGGUCUACUUCAUCUACGAGGGCUACCAGGGUAUGGUGGAUGGAGGGGAGCAUAUCCAGGAGGCUUCGUGGGACCGUGUCUCCAGCAUCCUGCAACUGGGUGGCACGGUGAUCGGCAGCGCUCGCUGCAAGGACUUCCGCGAGCGCGAGGGGCGGCUGAAGGCGGCAUUGAACCUGGUACAGCGCGGCAUCUCAAACCUCUGUGUGAUCGGCGGCGAUGGCAGCCUCACGGGGGCCAACCUCUUCCGCGAGGAGUGGAGCGGCCUGCUCGAGGAGCUGGUCAACAACGACCAGAUAACGGGGGAGAUGGCACAGAAGUUCACGCACCUCAACAUCGUGGGAAUGGUCGGCUCCAUCGACAAUGACUUCUGCGGCACCGACAUGACGAUCGGCACGGACUCGGCACUGCACCGCAUCAUCGAGGUGGUGGACGCUAUCACAACCACAGCGCAGAGCCACCAGCGCUCCUUUGUCCUGGAGGUGAUGGGCAGACACUGCGGGUACCUGGCACUGGUGACAGCGCUGGUGUGUGGUGCUGACUGGACUUUUAUUCCUGAGUGCCCUCCUGAGGAUGGAUGGGAGGACAAAAUGUGCAGUACGCUGUCUGAUACGCGGGGCCGCGGAGUGCGACUGAACAUCGUCAUCGUGGCGGAGGGGGCCAUUGACCGGCACGGCAAGCCCAUCACCUCCGACUCCAUCCGACAGCUGAUUAAAAAGUGUCUGGGCUUUGACACGCGGGUGACCAUCCUAGGACACGUGCAGCGUGGGGGGACGCCUUCCGCCUUCGACCGCAUCCUGGGCAGCCGCAUGGGCGUGGAGGCCGUGCUGGCGUUGUUGGAGGCCGCCGCGGACACGCCUGCCUGUGUGGUGUCGCUCUCCGGGAACCAGGCGGUGCGACUGCCCCUCAUGGAGUGCGUUGAGAUGACUAAAGAUGUGCAGAAAGCGAUGGACGAAUGCAGGUUUGACGAGGCUGUCAAGCUGCGUGGCAGGAGCUUUGAGAAUAACCUGAACAUAUACCGCUUGUUGGCGCACAAGAAAUCAGAGAUCAAGAAGAGCGGCUUCUCCGUGGCAGUGCUGUGCGUGGGCGCUCCCGCGGCCGGCAUGAAUGCGGCAGUCCGUGCGGCGAUCCGGGUGGGCAUCUCGGAGGGCCACCGCAUGUACGCGGUACACGAUGGCUUUGAGGGCCUCGCCAAGGGACAGGUGGAGGAGUUUGGUUGGGGUGAUGUUGGUGGAUGGACUGGACGUGGAGGCGCUACGCUGGGCACCAAACGGACCCUUCCUAACAAGUUUUUGGACAAAAUUGUCGAACAGAUCCAAAAACACUCCAUAUCUGCCCUACUGAUCAUUGGUGGAUUUGAGGCCCUUGAAGGAGCCAUGCAGCUGGCGAGCGGGCGGAGCAAGUUUGAGGAACUGUGCAUCCCCAUGUGCGUCAUUCCCGCCACCAUCAGCAACAACGUGCCCGGCACGGACUUCUCCAUCGGCACAGACACGGCCCUCAAUGCCAUCGUGGAGACGUGCGACCGCAUCAAGCAGUCGGCGAGCGGCACGAAGCACCGCGUGUUCAUCAUCGAGACGAUGGGUGGCUACUGCGGGUACCUGGCCACCAUGAGCGGCCUGGCUGCUGGAGCGGACGCCGCCUACAUCUACGAGGAGCCCUUCAGCAUCCGAGACCUGCAGAUGAAUGUGGAGCAUCUGACGGAGAAGAUGAAAGGGAACAUUCACCGUGGGCUCGUAAUUCGAAACGAGAACUGCAACCCCAACUACACGACAGAUUUCAUCUACCACCUGUACUCGGCUGAAGGGAAAGGGGUGUUUGACUGCCGGAAGAAUGUGCUGGGGCACAUGCAGCAGGGCGGCUGUCCCUCCCCAUUUGACAGGAACUUCGGCACCAAGAUUGCUGCCAAGGGUGUGCAGUGGGUCUCCAAGAAGCUGCAGGAGUGCUACAGGCAAGGUCGAGUGUUUGCCAACUCUGACGACUCGGUGUGUCUACUGGGAAUGCAGCGCCGAGCCAUCGUGUUCCAGCCCGUCAACUCGCUGAAGGAGCGCACCGACUUUGAACGACGCAUCCCAGCUGAGCAGUGGUGGCUGAAGUUGAGACCCAUGCUCAAGAUCCUGGCCAAGUACCGCACCAGCUACGACAUCUCGGACCUUGAGGGGCACCUGGAGCAUGUGGCAGCUCGGCGGGCUGCUGAGGCACCCAAGUUCUAAGCUCAUUCCUGUCGGCAACGUAGUCGAAUAUUAAAGCCCUAUUAAGUCUUACACCAUACAUUCACCCUAUAACACUGGCCUCCAGGUAGCGUAACCCUGAUACUAAGCAGAUCAGUCAAGUCAAAGUAUAUCCCUGCUCAAACGAGGAAAGGGGAUGGUGUUCAUCUCAGUUGUGGAUCCUGAGACAGGAGUGGAAAUUCCACAUUACAGGCUGGUUUCCUGGAGAACCCACCGCUGAUUUGAUCAUGGAAUAAUGGUUAUGUGUUCGGUUUACUCCUAACCAGAAUUUGAACUCUCAAUAGUGAGUCAUGCGCGAUAGACACAGCAUCUUACCAUCCGAUCUGAUGCUAACAAUUACCGAUGCAAUCCAAAUGCACUAGCCUAAAAUUAUUCCUCAUGGUGGACUAGGCCACAUUCAAUGAAACAAUAUAAAUUUGUAUAACGUGUCUCUUGGGAAUAUUUUCGUGCAGUCGUAUAUACAUAAAAAAAAUACCAAGAAUUACCCAAACAUUAGAACCUGGUUUCAUCUAAAAUUAUAAACAACAGAGAAGGCGAACCCCAUAGUCUAAGGGCUAAUUGUCUGAUACAGUCAUGACCUCCUAUAAUGCAGACUCACAUUUGUUAAAUGAAGAAAUAAUUGUGUAGAGCCUUGGAAUUAUGCAGGAACAGCCACGUUUGGACCUUUAAGUAAUAUGAACAAGUAAUAUGAAUAAGUAAUAUGAACAGUAACCUUGCCUGGCAUUAACUAGUUUCUGCAGAUGCAUUGUCUUGUGAACUAAACUUAACCCAAUAUUUAAUUUGAAUCGACCUUAACCUGAGCCACACACUAACCUCUAAACAUAACCUAGAUGCCACCGCAGCUUCUGUAUUCCGGUCACUUAGUCCUAUGCCUGACUACAACCCUAACCCCAUGUGAUAUAAAUGUUUUGAAAUCGAUAUUGCGUAAUUUAAAGGCCACCGUUUCGUCUUAUUACACGAAUCCCACACGGAGGUUACGCGAGCCAUUGGACAGCGCUCUCUGCGUGCAAACUGUUUUAGUUAUUCUGGAUUGCCACACCGUGAUGCGGUGCAGAUGCGAUGCUAAUGCACGUAAUUAGCAGGAUAGUUCUAAACUUAGCAUCGAGCUCAAUAAAUGGAUGUUUAAACCCGGAGCACAGAUGGGCCAAAGCACAAUAUAUAGAUGUAUUGGUGGGCGUCGAGGCUGUCUUGAAUUAAUGCAAAGCAUUGAUUGAUUAGGUGGUUACCAAAAAAGCACUGUUAAAUGUUUUCCUUAAAUUUUAUGCCGUGCGUUUCACACACAAAUAAAUGAAAUGGGAACUUGGAAGCACACAGUCUCUUCCCCGUUUCACUAAAAAUUCGAACAGAUGGAAGAAGUGGUGGCUGUCGUUUAAAAUCACAGCCCAAUUUGAAGCAGAGGAGAGUGACUUAAAAGUUAACUUGCAUGGUGCUUUUAUUUUGAAUGGUCAAUUGCGUUAAGAUGUGAGCACCGUGAGAUGCUAACAAACUCAAUAAAGGCCACAAGCAAUUUGAUUAAGGAAAGAACGAAGCUACGAGGAAUGUGAUCACUGAUAUCUGCUUCAUAUGCGCAUCAUUACCUGCCACCAUUUUAGGGGUCACUCAGUUCCUCUCAUUUCCUAAAUCAUCAAAAACAAACAGGUCGAGGGAUGAUUUAAAAUUAUUGUCCGGUAAAUUUUUUUUUGCGCCACACAACAUUAACUAAUUAUUUAUUCUACAUGAGUCAUUUACUCCAUGGUGAUCCCUGUAAAUGUAAAAAAACCUCAACAUUAUUCUCAGCAUAUGCUGAACACUGAGCACCUAAAUGUGAGUGCAGUUACAGGGGUUGCUAUGCAAUUCUUUUGUUUCACGCGCAAAAAAAAUAUUUGUUGAUUGAUUAAUUUGCCAGUGACAGCAUACAUGUUUCACAAAUGAGGGAAUGUUUGCUUUUGUUGGAAACGAAAGAAAUAGACCUCCGUUUAAUUAGGCUUGGUAAUUAAAUACAGCACUGUACAUGGAAGGGUGGAGAUAGGAGCGCUUAACUGGUUCGCUUCACGAUGCCGUUCCAUUACUGGUGGCUUAACUAUCACUGCUCCACGUUUAUUCAUGCUUAACUCCAUGUGGAUAUUAGCUGCACUGCUGUAUCACCUUUUUUUGCAUGUGAGAUGCUGGGCUGUGUUGGCAGUGUUAUGCUCGACAUAGCGAACACCCCUACCACUAAACCCGAUAGUAACGCUCCAGUCGUUUGUGCUGCUCCGAUCACAGAUUGUGCUGGGCCAUAUGUUUCUCGUGAUGUGCCUUUUUUUUUAAGAUUUGACAUGCGUGCAGCUGUUAACACGGCUACAUAAAUCUUCACAUUUGCCAUCUUUAAAGAGCCACAGCAACAAUCUAUAGCUGUCUGUCUAAAAAGUCCUCAUUCGAAUGCAAUUUUUCGUGUAUCAUUGCUUUAGCAUGCUAUCUUGUUUUUUUUUAGAGCAGAUGGGACACGUGGCACAUUGUAUCAGUAUGCCCUUAUGUAUUUCCUUGACUAUUUUGAUUGCAGUGGAUCACUAGGUUGCAGUGACCACAGAUACAACCAGUGGUGAUUUGUUGAGGUGACCUGUGGACAGAUUGCAGUGGUCGCUAGUCGCAGCUUUGAGGAUAAGAUUUUGGAGCUCUUGUCAAAAUUAAAGUUGCCUCGUGUAUUCUUCUUACAUUUGCUGCCCGAUGUCCCGACAGAGUAAAUUACCUGAGUUGUGCCCAGCAGAGUUUGAGUUCAUGAUAAAUGCUGGCUAUACUUUGCAACAGUUCUUUGUUAUAGAAUGUGAUAUGAACAGAAAGACACCCGGUAUUCAGUAUCUCUGGUUCAGACUCUCUCCGGUAAUCACCCUGUUUCAAGUGUUGGCAUGCAAGUCAUUCAAACAAACCAUACUUAUUAUGUUUCUGGGCUAAUCGCUGUGCUUUGUUGCCACAUUUGGCAUACCACUUCAUGUGAAUAUGAGGCUGAAGUUUGAGUAAAACUGACGUGAUAAUUUUCAAACAAGGGAAAGGUAUUCGGUUAAUUUUAUCUUAUUAUUUCACAAAUCAAAGUAUCUCCACGAUCAAAUGAAGAAAAUGGGGCAGCACUGCUGAACAAAAUACUGCCGGUUCAAAAUAAUUGUGAUGCAAGGAACACCCUUGACCUUACCCUAAUCUCAGGCCAAACCGUAUCCAUCCUCUAGCCCAUAUAGGGCCAUGUGGUUCUAUUCGCACAUCCUUGUUCACACAUCCUUUACCUGGCAUUGUAAGCCUCAACAAAUCAUGAUAGGCAGAAGUGGUAAUUUUCACUCCAGUGCUCAUUUCCAACAAUGGAUAGAUCAUGGCUGAGGAUGAUAAUGAAUUUGGAAAACAUUUGAGUUGACACCCGACUGGAUUUAAAUUCAAAACCUUAUGAUGGAGGCCAGCCACUCUAACCACAGCUUCCCUAAGCAGUAAGUAUAUUUAUUGCAUAAAUAAGUAUGGACAUUUAUUUAUUUGUAAAACAUACAUUAAUCUAUCCACGAAACAAAGUUCCUGGCACGAUUUCGUAUUUGUCAAUAUUGCCUUGCCAUAGUGUCAACAUUAAUCGUAAUUUUUGCCAGGAAAAUAAGUAAUUUUCACAUUGCCCUCCAGUCACUGAACCCGAUUUCCUCAAUGUGUGGUCAUCUUCGCUCUAACUGUAGCCAACCUCCAAUAACAUUGACUUCUAGAAUACGGGUUGUACUUAAGACCUCAGAACAUUGAGAGUCUCCUUACAGUUGAUGUCAAGAAGUUUGGCAAACUGCAUGCUGUGGAGUCUCUGGCUUCUAAGCCAUUUUUGGUGUAUUUCUAUGACCAAAUAUAACCAUAAAUAGUACCGUUGGAGUUGAGUUAUUAGUCGAAUAGAUGUUUUGAAUUUGAAAGUGUUAGGAUAUGCACCAGAAGAUGACAUUGCAGCAUUUCUUAUGGAUUCACUUCAACAAGCUUUGCUAACCUAAUACCCAUGCCCACUUCAUAAUGUCUCUGAAGAGUGCUUGUCACAUUUGAUUACAAUAAAAUGUAGUCCUCAGAGCUGGACGAGGCUGAGUUAAAUUUAAACGUAAUUUAAUACGCAGCACAGGGUUUCUUAUGCACUCCUUGAUGACCGAGAUGAAUCCAACUCGCUACCUCCGAUUAGCACCGUGGGCUAUGUACGGUGUGAAAAAAGUUUAACAUGCAUGCAUGCAUACUUGACCUUAUUCACAGAUGGUUAAUGCCUGGUUUAGAAUCAAGGAUCUCGCUGGUACAGACUCGGUGCUUGUGUUUUGAGGUGGCCAUUCAAUCCCUGCAGCCAGCUUGAAUAUAAAAAACAUCCCCAGUAUUUAAAAAAAAUCGUAUUCAAAUGUGAAGGCAGACAGAUUUUUGAUUGGCUGCUUGUGGUCGCAUGAUCAAAAGUAGAAACAUUCCUCAAAAGAGAGCUUCAAUAUUGAAAGAGUUUUAUUGCAUUAAUUUUCAAAUUAUCUGCCGUUUAUAGGCAAUUCCCUGCUGCUGUGUUUGCUUUAGUCAUGUAUUUCACAUUUCUGCUUUUACAUCGUUGCUCUGUAGCAGACAACUGUUCGUCAAAUGCAGCCUCCGUGUCGUAAUUUUCUGAAGCCUCAGGUGCUCUGUUGACCACUGAGGUGGCUGGGAAUCUAUUGAAUUCUGUGAUUGUGUCGAAUUUUCCAGGUAUUUUUUUUGCUUUGUAGCAGGAUGAAAAAAAGAAGCCGUUUUGCUCUUAACAAAAGGUCGGUUUGGUGAAGCAAGCGGCAAAGCUGCAAAGAAAGCUGGGGACAAAAGGAAGAUUAAGGACCCAUGCAAAGUAUUUGUUUUUGGGGGAAAUCCCACCCUCCUGUUGGUGAAAAAGAAAACACAAUUUAGCACGUGCAGGCCCAGCAAAUCUAUUUUACCUUUCCAAGAGAAACACAAAGCUUUGCCAACGUUGGGCAACAAAUCUGUUUCCGUGCAAAAAAAGUAACUCUUAAUUCUGCAAUACAGUCCAGACUUAGUGCUUAAAUGAAGAUGAUAAAAAGAACGAAAUAGGAAUUAGUAUUUGCUGAUAUUUUCACUAUCUAGUGCACUUUACCACCGUAUCUUGUGAGUUGUCAGCAAUGUGUUGCUUGCUAGUGGUAGUCACAGUCAUAGCACGUGCAUCUGAUAUAUCGCAAUAGCAUUAAGCCUGUAGUGCUCGUGUGUAAAUUAUCCUAAACUAAUUCAUCCUUCAAAUACCCCAACCCAAGCCUGUAAACGAUACACAGACGAAGUGACGCAAUAAUCCAGUAAGUUGUGUUUGGUGUUCCAAUCCGGCUUGUGCACUUGCUCAAUGUACUGCUUAAAAUAGAUAAAACACAGGAUCCUGUUGAUUAACAACUUUAUUUAAAGGGGGCUUAGUUUUUAAAAGCAGGCGUUAAUUUGUAGGGGGGGGGGGGGCGGUGCACAGCUGCAUUGAAAUGUGGCGCUGAUGUGUCAGUGGAUUGUACAUGUAGCAUGUGGUGUGUUUGUGUACGAGAACUCCUUUGUUGCGAAGUUGUAGUAAUAAAUGUUGUGAAGUUAACAA